AUGGACUUCUUCUCAGAUCCAAGAUUAAAACAAUCAACAACAACAACAACCACUAACAACAACAAUAAUAAUAUCAAAGUCAAAACUAUACCUUCAAUUCAAAUUAAAAAACCAACUACAAUCUCAACAAAACCUUCAAUCAGUCAAACCAACCCACCAUCCAAACCAAAACCUCAAUUAAAAAAACAAACCAAAAAAAGAACCAUCGAUCAACCUAUUCCAAAAGUAAGACCUAUAAAAAAAGCAAAAUGGUCAGGAACUCAAUCAUCAUUAAAACCAAAUCGACUUCAAGAAUGUUUAGAAACACCGGGUCAACCAAGUGCUAGUACUAGUACUUUACUAAGUGAUGAUAAAUCAGAAUCUAUUUCAAUCACUCAUUUCGAUAUCCAAACUUCAGAUUCAGAUUCAGAUUCAGAUUCAGAAGAAAGAACCAAACAAGAAAACCAAUUAUUAGAUCGAUAUCAUCGAUUUAUACCACGCGAUGUGACACGGACUCAAACUGGAUUCUCCUCAACUCAUCCAUUACUAUCCCAUCAUCAUCCCAACAUUUCGAUCCUGACUGCCGAUCAAUUAAUCAAACAGAACAGAGCCAAGUUUAAACAUUGGUUUAGAGCUGGACAAGGUGAUUGGCCAUUUAAAGAAUCAGAAGAUCCUAAGGUUUCUUUGGUUUAUCCGGCGGGUGGUCAGGAAGUCUUUCCAUUGUUGGUGCCUAAAGAUCAAGAAGAUGAGUAUAGACCGAUUGAUGAUAUUUUGAAUGUGAUCACGAUUACUUUGGCUCAGUAUCUUACACCUGAACAAUCUAUUGGAUACUUUUCUGAACAUCAUCCGAUCUUUGCUCCUUCAUCCAAUGUAACGUAUCCGAAGCACGAUUUCCGAUUCUUAAAUCGAUCAUCUUCAACUAAACCGAGUAGAAGUUCAUCAGUUCAAACAGGUGCUCAAGAACCUAUUAUACCAAAACAUGAUUUAGAACUAAGAUCUGAUGAACCCGAUUUAAGUCAGUUACCAUUGAUUAAAUCUCUUUCGAAAUCGAUUCGUCGACAGAACGGACCAGAUUUUUUAAAAUUAGUGAAUUGGUAUAAUAAAGUGAUUCGACAUUUGAUUGCUCAAAAAUCAAUUCAAAACCAAAUUAAAGAAAUGAAAGGAUUAAAGAUGAAUAUCUGGGAAAUGAUCUUAGGACAAUCGUAUGAAAGAAGAAUCGGACCAAAGAUCGAAACUGUCAAAGAAUACGAAACUUGGAGUAGUAAUGUAUAUGGAGAACUUAAACCUAGACUCGUUUCUGAUCUAGUUCAUCUAGUAGGACUCAAACCUGGUCAAGUGUUUAUCGAUCUGGGAUCAGGUGUUGGAAAUAUCGUGAUGCAAGUCGUCUUGGAGGCUGGGUGUGUUGGGGUUGGGUUUGAGAAUAUGUCGAGUUGUUGUCGAUUGGCAGAUGAACAGAUGAAAGAAGUCAUCGGUCGUUGUCAAUCCUUUUGGGGAGUUUCUUUGGGUCAACCUUUAUUGAUUGAAGCUGAUUUUACUAAAGAUCCAAGGGUUGGAGAAUGGUUAAAACAGGCAGAUGUGGUGUUAGUGAACAAUCAAGUCUUUACACCUACAUUGAAUGAUAGUUUAACAUUAUUAUUUUUAGAAUUAAAAGAUUUCACUCAGAUUAUUUCAUUAAAACCGUUUGUGUCUAAAGAUUUUAAGAUUAGUGAACGGAAUAUGAAUUCACCUUUGUCGAUCUUAAAUCAACCUAAAGAGUUUUCCUAUGGAUCUACUUCGGUUUCUUGGACUGAUAAUGGUGGGAAGUUUUAUUUGACGGAAGUUAAUCGGGCUAGAUUGAUUGAGUUUCAGAAAAGUUUGGGUGGAUUGGAUCGCAGUUGA